UAUAUAAUGGAGGACGGUGUAGUAGUGCAACAGUCCACUGUCAUCAAACAACACGUUCAUCCUCAAUGGAACGUCACGUUGAAAGAUAGUAAUUUAGCGUUUUUAAUCAUAGAACCUCGAUUUGUGUUCCCAGCGCCCCUCGGACAAAUGCGAUUUGUCGAAGAAUCCGACUUGCCAAUGAAGACUAAGAGAGAUUUCCCCUUCAAGUCGUAUUCUACUCAAAACAAAGAAGAACUAGUGACGAUAUAUUACAACGGAAACAGAUGUCCGGUACUAAUCGACGGAAAAUUACAAAACGAAACAAUGUGGCAUUUGUUCUUGUGUUCUCCGCAUAACGAAUCGACUCAUAUAAAACUUUGCGCAGACGAUAUAGGCGGUAUUGUUUACAAAAGUGAGUACCGACACAAGCAGACGUGA